GGGGGACUACUUUGUGUCUCCGGCGGAAGGAGAAGGACGGAAGAGGUGAGCGCUGCGAUGCAAGAUGGCGGCGCCCUGAGGAGUUGUGAGGUUGGAGGAGGCACAGAUGAGGACCCUGCUGUGACCUUUAUCCUCCCGUGUCCUGUCACCAGCACAUAUACCUGUCCAGCAGCAUGGCCCAACAAAUCAAUGUGUGGGAGCACCUUUAUCUGCUCGAGUCUCCGGAUCUGCAACAACUGGAUGAAAUCCACAAGCUUAUAAGGGAUCACCUCAAUGCUGACCGCUUUCCAGUCCUAGUGAACAAUCUGGUGGAUCAUUAUCUGGAAACAAAUUCUGAACAAGCAAUGCUAAUCCUCUCUAUGGUACAGGAGCCCCAUGACAAGCACCUUUUGGACAAGAUAAAUGAGUACUUGGGAAAAGUUGCUACCCGCUUAUCAACUCUGACACUAUUAGGCCAUGUUAUUCGUCGUCAGCCGUCUUGGAAGCACAAGUUGUCACAAGCACCCGUCCUGCAGUCCUUACUGAAGUGUCUUAAGACAGACACCGAUGUUGUGGUUCUCACCACUGGAGUCCUAGUGUUAAUCACUGUGCUGCCAAUGAUUCCGCAGUCAGGGAAACAGUAUCUGCACGAGUUCUUUGACAUUUUUGGCCGCCUGUCAGGCUGGUGCUUGAAAAACCCAGGUCAUGUAGCAGAGACAUGUCUUGUCCAUCUUCAUGCCAGUGUGUACGCCCUCUUUCAUCGCCUCUACGGGAUGUAUCCAUGCAACUUUGUGUCCUUCCUACGAUCUCAUUACAGCAUGAAGGAAAAUCUGGAGACAUUUGAGGAAAUAGUCAAGCCAAUGAUGGAGCAUGUGAGAAUUCAUCCUGAACUGGUUACUGGUUCCAAAGACCAUGAAUUGGACCCUGGCAGAUGGAAGAGGUUGGAAACUCAUGACAUUGUUGUUGAAUGUGCCAAAAUCUCUCUGGACCCCAAUGAAGCCUCCUAUGAAGAAGGAUAUUCUCCCCUUUCAACUCGCCUUCGGCAAAGGCAGCAGGACGUGGCAUCCAGUCCCUAUCCCGAUAUCUGCAGCAACUCUGGAAGCAGCACUUCCACACCCUUUUCUACUCCCAGGCUGUGCACACAGGAUCCACUUUAUAUUGGCACCCAAGCACUUCGUCUGCAAGCAGAAACACAGCAGAAUCAGGAUUCUUUUUGGAGCCCAUCUACCUUAUGCGGAAUGACCACGCCCCCCAGCUCUCCUGUUGGUCCAGCACCAGAUUUCUCCUUGCCUCCUUCCCGUCCUCCCAGCAAAGCACUGAUCACACCUGGUGGAAAAAUAACACCCAUGAGCACACCAGCAACCUCUCCUCCUCCUGUUAUGAGCUCUGAUGAUUCUGCAAAUCCUAUUAAUAUUUCCUACACUGCAACCCCUCCCAAAAAGACUGAAGUCAAUCAGCACACCAUCAGGGGAGAAAAGGGCUCUGAAAACUCUCCCAAAGUUGUGAAGACUGUGUCUCUAAGUGAGCUUUCUGAAGUUAUAGGAGUGCUGGCUGCUGACCACAGUAAUACAGAAGAAGGAAUAAAGAAAAAUGCUGCUAUAUCCCAGGAGCUGUGUCAGAUCACAACAUCUGAACGUGAGCCUGUUAUACGUCGUGGAGGCUUUGAUUCCCCCUUCUAUCUUCAUAACGAGAGCCAACCUGCCCAUCCGAAAAAGAACUACACCUGCAAUGUGACCCAAAUCGGUGACAACCGAGCUGCUGACAAGCUCAACUGCCACGGGUCCCAGGACACACCUAAACAGGCAUUCACUCCUAUUGAGCCACCAAACGGCACAGAGAAUGACAACUCAGGGAAGUCGCAGACUACUAACUCUUUACCCAGUGACAGAACCAUCCUUACCCCCAGCCCUUGCAAAUCUCAGGCGCACUGCAGAUCCUGCUUCAAUCCUGCCCCUUAUGAGCACCUUUUUGAGCUGGCUCUGCCUAAAACGGCAAGCCUUUUCAUCUCCAAAAAGACAGAAGAGCUGUACAAAAAAUUCAGAGGGAGCAACGAGGAAGUCGAGGACGACAGCACAUCAGUCUCUCCUGCGGAGGUGCUCGACCGGCUCAUACAGCUAGGUGCUGAUGCCCAUACCAAAGAGCUGAACAAGUUGCCUUUACCCAGCAAAUCCGCUGACUGGACUCAUUUUGGAGGUUCCCCCCCAUCUGAUGAGAUCCACACACUGCGAAACCAGUUGGUGCUUCUACAUAACCAGCUUUUGUAUGAGCGAUUCAAGAGGCAGCAGCACGCUCUGCGCAAUCGCCGUCUUCUGCGCAAGGUCAUCAAGGUGACAUCACUUGAGGAACAGAAUGCUGCCAUGAAGGGCCAGUUAAAGUUGCAGGAAUCUGAUCUCCAGACUAUAAAGCAAAGCCUUUAUAAGGAGCAGGCACGGUACAAGAAGCUACAGGAAGAAAAGGACACAGUGGUCACCCAGCUUCACAGCCAGAUCCGGCAACUCCAGCAUGACCGAGAGGAAUUCUACAACCAGAGCCAGGAAUUACAGACUAAGCUAGAGGACUGUCGUAAUAUGAUAGCUGACCUGCGGUCUGAGGUGAAGCAAGCUAACAACAAGGUGUGCAACACUGAGCUCAAACUCGGUCAGGUGUCUCAAAAGCUGUCAAACAGCGAGUCUGUACAGCAUCAGAUGGAGUUCCUGAACCGGCAGCUUCUUAUUCUCGGGGAGGUAAAUGAACUUUAUGUGGAGCAGCUGCAGCAUAAAAACACCAAUGCAGAUAAGGAAGUGGAGAUGUUGCAGGUCUCCUUUAAGAAGGAACUGGAAAAGGCUCGCUGUAUGGUGGUUCAGCAUAAUCAGAGGCUGGAGAGCACCCAGAAAAGAAUAAUGGAGCUGGAGGCGCAGCUGGCCAAAAAGGAACUGCUCUUCCAGGAACAGAAGAAGUUUCUGGAAGAUAUGAAAGUCAAGAACAGGGGUCACUUGCAGGCAGUGGAGAGCAAGUAUAAUGCUCAGAAAAGGAUAAGCCAGUCUUUUGAGAGAGAAAUCUUAUCUCUGUACUGCCAGCUGGAGAGUGAAGGUCUGUUGAAGAAACGGAUGGAAGAGAAGGCAGAAACGGCAGAAGUUGCAGAAGAAAGACAUGAUGUGGAGUGCCCGGCUGUCUCCAGUCCUGAUGACUUCAUCAGAGAAGAGUUGAAUGGUAGCAAUGAUGCCAACCCUUCCAUGCACACCAGUGUCUUAAGCAGCGGAGGAAGCAGUCGCAGUGGAAGCAGUCUCAGUGGAAGCGGCAGCAGCAACCUGUCCACGCCAGAGAAAGGGGGAUAUAAUCUACCGCUUAGCAGGAGAGAGCUGCUGGAGCUACCUUCUGGAGGUCCUCUGACCAUUGGCUCUUACCCAAAUGCCAAGAGUUUUCUAGGCAUCCGAGCACGGGAGCUGUUUCGGAACAAGAGCGAGAGCCAUUGUGAUGAGGAAGGGAUCAGCAGUCUUUCGGAGAUCCUGAAGACAGAGCUGUGUCAGGGACCUGGAGCUGAGGCCAGAGCUGUGAGCUCAUCUGCUGGCAAUGCUGGCCCCUCAAGUGUGCGGGAUUUUCAGAUAAUGGACUACGAUUAGACACAUCAUGACCACAGUUGGGAGGCGAGCAGUGUUACUUUCCCUCUCAUUCCUGGGUCUAAUCAAAAAGUAUCUGAACUUUCAGGAACAGUUUCACUACUUCUGCAGUGCAACAGUAGCGGACCAUCAGAACUGGAAGGGAUGAAAUCUCAUCACGUCACACCCCGCUUUAUUUUAUUUUCCCUAUCAUCUCAACUACAGCCCUACUUCCCCCUCCACAGUAAACCAUUUUCUUCCACUCCUUCUGUAAAAGGUAGACCUAUAAUUGGCUAAAUAAUGCGGGUACCCUGGUCCAAGCGCUUACAUAAUCCUUACACUGUCCAGUACAGACUGAGACAGGAGCCCUGUUUGGCGGCUGUCAUGACUUGUAUCCAUGUGCUGGUGUUGCUCACUGGGAUGAGUUUUCAUUGGUCAUGGAUAUCCUUCUUCUUUUCUUUUUUUUUUUUUUUCUUAUUAGUGUAGCCUGUAUAUUUGCAUACUGGAAGGAACAUUUAUUUUUGUCAGAACUAUGCCAUGUUCAUCCUCCCUCAAAUGACAAAUCAUCUAGCAUUCUUGCAGACCCUCCCCCGGCGCUGGAAAAUGGCAGCUGAGUCCAGCAUAAUGCUUGUUAGAAGUGGCCUUAAUUUUUAGUUGGAUGCCAAAAUGUCACAAGGGACCAAGAGCUUUUUUUUUUUUCUCUCUUCUUUUUCUGGGCUCUUCAAUUAUAAGGCAUUUUUUUUUUCUGGCACACAAUUGUGUUAAAGAACACCCCUGCUUUGUCCAUUCAGGCAAAGCAAGAGGCUCAUUGUAAUGGCUGCCCAACCAGCUGCACGUACUUGCUGUACCCUUACUUUCCCACCAGUCCGAUCAGCCACUGGAGUGAGGGAAAUUACUGGGUACUUCCAGGUGUGGAGAAGCAUGCGAGUCAUUCUACUUCCAAACAUCCCAGCACUGAUAGUUGGAGGGUAGCCACCUUGGUCUGGGGAAAGGCUCCUCCUCACCUGUGUAAGAGCCAAAACUUGAUUUGCAGCUUGCACAAGGUUUUAUCGCUGUGCACCAGGCGACUGUACAGAGCAGAAAGACUAGUGUGGGCAGCUAGCAAUGCCAGCAUUGGAGUGAACAUUUUUUGCUUUGCUGUGUAUGGGCAAAGCACAGGUUAACUUUAAAGGUUGUUUCUAAACUGCUCUUUCUCUUGUCGGUGGAGUCAAAGGGGUCUGAGGCACCCCAAUGGUUUCUUAGAUCUGUCAGUUACUCCAUAGACCACUGUAGAUUUUUUUUUUUUCUACUUCUCUUGGGAUCUGGCUGCUCCUUCUGUUGCAGGGGAGUCUCUUUUGGGUUUGAUUUCAUAAUAUACAGUAAGUAGCCAUUCUCUGUCAUAAAUCAAGAGAUUGUCUUGUAAUGGCUCCAGAGGUUGUGCAGAGUUGUAUAUCUUGAAAGAUAUGGCAAGCUUUUGGGUCUAGAGCAGACCUACCAAUUUUGUGUGGACCUGCCCAGUAAUUGUAGCCUGUUUCUUUGCAACAAGCUAAGCUAACGUUUUGGUUCCUUCAUCGUUUCAUUCUGCAGUAAGCCCUAGGGCAGAGAAGCCGUUCCAGAACAGUUUCAAGGCAGUUGGUCCUUACAUUUAAGCUCUUUAAGGUUUGUUUUUUUGUUUUGUUUUUUUGCACUUUAACACAACACUUCCCAAUUUAGACACUACAUUCUGAAACUGCUCGGAUAACUCUGGGCCAAAUCUGUAAAAAAGACAAUUGUAUUUUCCAAUAGUAACAGUUUUGAAACCUGCAGGUUAAGAGAAGAAUCUAUUACUACACUAAAACACACUAUUACAUUUUUGUUUGUCAAUCCUUCACCAAUAUGCCAAAGGAGCAUUAGAAGCUGGUUUGUGUUCUAUCCGUAGGGCCCUCUGUUCCCUAAAGAUGUUUAGGAAUCUCUCUCGCACACAGCAUUAAGCAUUGGGGCAAUGCAAGUGACUAUGUAGUGUCUUGAACAGGUACUCUUAAAAUGGACCUGUAUAUUUAAAGUGAACCUGUUGUAUCUGCUGAGGUGUAUAAGCUAAGUUUUGACACCUUGUGAUAUCUGUUCUUGUCUUCAGAUCUGCUCCUUUGUGUCUGGGGAGGACCCUUGAUCCUAGGCCCAGGCUUUAUAUAGGGUUUUGACUUAUCUCUCAGUGGAUUACUAAGGCCCCUUUCACACUGGGGCGGGAGCCGCAGUGGCGGUAUAGCGCCGCUAAAAAUAGCGGCGC